GUCGCCAUGGAGAUGGCGGGGGUUGUACACAAAUCAGUGCAGAGCCACAGAGGAGAGAGAGUGAGGGGAGCUGAUGUGAGUUUGCCAUGGCUGAGAGAGAGAACGUUCAUAUUCCUCCACUUGCGGAUACCUUUGAAGAAAAUGAAACAGAAAAAGCAUUUCUUAUGUCCAAGCCAACCUGCUUUCUUAUCGUUGGAAAGCCAGGUACGGGAAAGGCUACUCUUGGGAAGAAGCUUUCACAGUCAUGGAACUGCAUUUUUAUUGAAGCCAAAGAACUGAUUAAUGAGCACAUUAAGCGGGAAACAGAUGAAGGCAUUAUGAUUCAAGAACUACUUUACAAGGGUCAGAGCAUACAAGAUGAACUCAUAAUACAGCUUAUAGUGAACAAGAUAAAUUCUGCAGAAGUGGCCCACCAUGGUUACGUGCUUUGUGGGCUUCCAUCCCUCUCUGAAGAUUUCAUAAAGAUUCCAGAACAGAUUGAAUUAAUAAAGAAUUUUACAUUAAAACCUGAUGUCAUCAUCAAUAUCAAGUGUCCAGACAAAGACUUAAGCAGAAGGCUAAGUGGACUUAAGCAAGAUCCAGGGACAGGAAGAAUUUAUAAGCGUGAAGAAUGGGACCCUGCUCUAAAAGAGAAGAAGAAAAAGCCUCAGGAAGGCGAAGAAGAAGAAGAAGGGGAGGAAGAGGAGGAAGAAGAAGAAGAGGAAGCAGAAUUUGACAAUUCAAAAGAAGUUUUAAACCAGCUUGUAUAUAGACCUGAAGACUUCCCCGAAAAUGUUGAAGAGCGCAUACGGUUAUACAAGGACACUCUUUUACGUCCUGUAGAGGAUCUUAUGAUCGAUCACGACCCUCAAUACCUCAUUGAACUUGAUGGAAAUAAGAAAUUUGAUGAACUCUUUGUAUCCGUUUUAUCCCGUCUGGAGUCGCUGGGUCUUCGUCAUGGAGCUGUUGUAAUGAAGCUUCACAACUCAGAAGAAGAGGAGUCAGUAGAAGGCCUAGACAGUGAUGAACUAAUGAGGACACUUUCAUCCUACCGUAUGAUUGCACCAAGAUACAGGUGGCGCAGAAGCAGAUGGGGUACUUUAUGUCCUGUGGCUUUGAAGGAGGGAUAUAUUAAGAAAGGAUUGGCAGAAUUUGCUGUUAGUUUUCUAGAUAAAAUGUACUUCCUUUCUUCUGAAGAAUCAUUGAUAAACUUCGUGCAGAAUCCUCGGCCAUACCUUCUUCCUCCUAUGCCACUACCUCCCUGCAAGGUGGCCGUUCUUGGACCAAAAUCCUCAGGGAAGACAACAGUCUGCAACUUAAUAGCUAAUAAAUACUCAGGAAAGGUAUUUGACAUGUCUAUGCUUAUUAUACCGUACAUGGAAGAAGCUAAACAAAAUGCCUUGGUAAAAGCUUGUGAAGAGGCCACUGAAAAAGCCAUAGAAGCUGUCAAACAAAAGUUACAGCAAGAGAAAUUACUGAAAGCAGAAGAAGAAUUGGAUACAACUGAGAAGAUUUGGGAACAAAAAGAAGAACUAAUAGAGACGACAGAGGAACAAAGUGUCCUUGAAGAAGUCACUGCUGAUCAUCCUGAAGUCCAGCAAAUGGUAGCGGAAGCCGUGAGAUUAGUACAAGAAACCCCAGUAACACUAAAUCCAGAUGUUUAUGUCAGUGCACUGGAUAAAGCUAUUACAGAGUUCAAUGAAGAAAAUAAAGAGCGAUUUCCUGGUGCCCCCGCUGUUGGAGGAUGGGUGUUAGAUAAUUUCCCUAAUUCACCUAAUUAUUGGAUACCUUUGGCAGAAAAGGGAUUUCUUCCAGACACUGUCAUUUGUUUAAAAAAUCAAGCAGAUAAUGGAAAGUACUUACUCAAUAGACUAUACCUUCUAAAUGAACAGGAGAUUAAUAACAACAUAUUACACAGGCUCCAGAAGGAACGAGCAAGAAAGAUACAAGAAGAAGAAGAAGCAAGAAAAGAACAACAGGAGAUCAUACGAUUACAAGAACAGGAAAAGAGAAAGCUAGAAGAGAUGAAAAAAAAACCUGAUGAUUCAGAAGAAAUGCAAAAAGAGUCAGAAGAGCAAGGUGCAGUGGAUGCUAAUCAUCUAGGUCCCUCAGAACCAGUUUCAACCAAGCAAGAUCUGACAGCCACUAUACCAGAGCCAGAAAUACAUUCAGAUACAGAGCAGCCUGAGCCAGAGCAAGAAAUUGUUUUACCUGAAGUUCCUGAGGGAGGAUAUCCAGAUGUACCAGAGAUAGAACCAUUGAAGCAGCUCAUAAACACAUUUAAUGAAGAAUGGCAAUUGCUGCAGCCAGUGUUUGCUGACUCAUCCAUGGUUAAUGUCGCUUUCCUGGAAGUAGCCGAUAAAUCACCAGAAAUGCUUCUACAAGACGCAGUGACAUCUAUGGAAAGGCCAUUUCAGUAUCAGGGAUGGGAAAUAACAUCCCAGGACAUAGAUGAAGAAGCAGAAGACAUACAAGCAGAGUUGGAAGCUGGUGAGGAAGAAGAAGAACAUGAAGAAGAGGAGGGGGAAGAGGCCGAAGAAGAUGAGGAUGUUACACAUGAAAAAAAGAAACAAUAUGGAGACUCUAAACAUUUCUGCCCAGUGGCUUUAAAAGAUAAGCACAUACUUCACCCAGGACAAGUGGAUUAUGCAGCAAUAUACAGAGAGAAGACGUACUACUGCUCCAGUCCUGAAGCAAGGAAGACAUUUCUUGAGAAUCCUCAGUAUUACGUUGCUCAUGAAGAACCCUUACAAGCUCCGCCUUUGAGAGUGCUGCUGAUUGGUGCAAGUGGUACUGGCAAGACAGUUUAUUCAAGAUGGUUAGCAGACAAACUGGGCUUGUUCCACAUUCAGUUCAAAGAGCGCCUCCAAGAAAUCAUGCUGUCUAAGCUGGAGAAAAAGAUCGGACCUCAGUAUGAAGAAGACACAGUUGAGGAUGAUUCAGAAGAGGAAGCCAUACUGCUUGGAUUGGAAAAUGGAGACACAGAUGAAAACAGAAAAGAAAAUAGCACCGAGCCAAAGGAAGAAGUGGUGUUAACUGAAGAGGAAGAAGCAGUCAAGUCAUAUUUAGCAGACAAUGAGCCUCUACCAACUGAAGUUCUGGACCAGCUUGUGGUUGAAUGGUGGACUAAAGAACCUUUUCAUUCAACUGGAUUUGUAUUGGAUGGCUUCCCUAAUACAGUUGAGGAAGUCCAAUACAUAGGUGACCAUGGCUUGUUCCCAGAGAUUGCGAUCUUACUAGAAGCUGACGAGAGUGACAUUUGUGACAGGUUACUGCCCCCUCGUUUAACUAAUUGGCAAGAGCGACGAAGAAAAAGGGAAGAGCGAAAACAGAGAAUUAGAGAUAUGAAGAAGAAAACAAGGGAUGAGCAGAUUGCCAAAAGACGAGCUGAACUUUUAGCUGAGCAAAAUGAGGAGAAAACGGGACAGAAGGAAAGAGAAGGCAGUGAUGAGGAGGAGGAAGAAGAGGAAGAAGUUGACAACAUUGAGCUGAUCCUUGCAGAAGAGUUUCCAGAGGAAGAAGAGGAGGAGCAGGAAGAAGAAGAGGAAGAAGAUGCCAUUGAAAGAAUGAAAACGGAAAUUGGAGAAAAGUUUGAGGCAGAUACUGAGUCUCUCCAAUCAGUCAAGGAAGAACUCCAAAGCCUAAUGAUACCUUGUAUUACAAUUAAUGCAAGUCGAAAACCAUAUAUUGUAUGUUUUCAGCUCUUUGAGAGGCUAAAGUAUAUAGUGGAAAAUCGUGCAAGCCUCUUUGAAAAAUGUUACCCAAUCAGCUUAUCCAUUGCUAGCAAAAUGCUUGAUGUAUCAUAUAAGCACCCCAGUAUCUUCGGACGAUGGGACCCAGUAAAGCUGAGCCAAGGAGAAGUAAUUAAACCCUUUAGAAACCAAGAAAAUCCAGGCUAUCCAUUGAUCUACCGCCAAUACAUUUAUUUCUUCUCAACAAAAGAAAACAGAGACGUUUUUACGAGGAAUCCCAUUAAAUUUAUACGUCAGCCAAAACCAAAACCAUCAGUGCCAAUAAGAAUUGCAGUUCUUGGUCCUCCAAAAUCUGGAAAGACAACAGUUGCCAAGAUGUUUACAAGAACAUAUGGAUUACAGCGCCUUUCCAUAGGAGAUGCCAUACGUUCUGUGCUAGAAGACCAGCCUAACACUGAACUUGCAUUAGAGAUAAAGAGUCAUCUUGAAAAGGGAAUGGUUGUGCCUGAUGAUCUGGCAAUAAGAUGUUUAGAAAUAGCAAUGAUGGAUCUAACAUGCAAUACAAUAGGAGUUGUUUUUGAUGGAUACCCUGCAACGAAACAACAAGCUGAUCUUCUGGAAGCAUGCAGCAUAAUACCAAUAAAAAUCUUUGAGCUAGAACUACCAGUGAAAGAAGUUUUAAGAAGAGGAUUUCAAGAGAAGAGGGACACAAAAAGCAGAUCUUACCCUGUGCAUGAUAGCACCCAGAUUUUAACUGUGCGUAACUCCAAUUAUAAGCAGGAGAUUAAUCGUAUUAAGGAUUAUCAUGUAAAACAACAUCAAAACUGGUGUGAAGUAGACGCAAUGCGCAGCAAGUGGUGGGUGUCAAACAAGAUUUUUGAAGAGGUCUGUGCAAGUCUCAACCAAAUCCAAACCUACCUGCAGAGAAUAAAGGAAGGUAAAGCGUCUGCUGUGGCUGACUUCUGUAUCAGUCCUCAUGAGCUGCUGUCUCGGCUGGGAGAGUUUGGACAAUACUGUCCCGUGAGUCUGGCACAAAGGGGGGAGCUCUUAGAUUGUUCUGUAACAUCAUCCCUGCAGUUUGCAGCCGAGUUCCGAGGACACUACUACAAGAUGGCUUCACAAGAGGAGCUUGAUGCUUUCAUAAAAGCUCCAGAGUUAUAUGUGCCCCCAUUGGCACCACGUCCACUUCCUCCUCCUGAAAUGUUACCUAAGAGGUUAACAGUGGCUGAUGUGAAAUCAAAGUUCCCCAAAAAUGCAGAGAUGAAGGGGUACUGUCCAGUUACCUAUGUGGAUGGCAAAAAGAGGUAUGAAGCUCUUGUUUCUGGACACCUUGAAAAUGCGGUGGAGUACGGAGAUAAAAUAUAUAUUUUUGAAAGUGAAGAAAAGUUACAAAGGUUUAUGAGACUUCCAGAAAAAUAUUGGAACCAUAAACUGCCAUCCAAACUCCCUCCAAAGAUGGAGCCAAUAAUGCUGACAUCUCUGCCUUUAACUGGAUACCUAGAACAGGGAGCAGCGACUGCUAUAAUAAAAGCAUUAAAUGAUGUGGGAUGUCUAAAGCCAAAGUAUCCAUUUUUAAGCGUAAAACAGUCAGCCCUGCUGUAUAUUGCGUAUCACCUAAAAGCGUACAAUCCACGGAACUCAGAUUAUAUUCGGAAGAAAUACAAGAGGAAAAUGGAGCAAUUUUUGGAGUGCUGUGAACUCAUCACUUACCUUGGAAACAAGAUGACUCUCAAAUACAAAGAACCUCAGAGGAGGCCCAUUGACUUUGACUACAAAAUGCAGUCGUUUCUUUCACUUAGAAAUGUGAAUCCAACAUGUAUUUAACAGAUACUUUCAAACAUACCCAAAAAUGUAUAUGUGUACGGUUUGUCAGGGAUAUGUUAAAGUUAUG